AUGGGAAACUCUCUGCUGAGGGAAAACAGGUGGCAGCAAGACACUCAAGAGAUGCCUUGGGAUCUGAGACUUCAAACCCCCAAGCAGAGAACAUCCAGGUGCUGGGAUUGCCACAUCGCCGACGGGUGUUUCUGCCUGCCAUGGAAAAAAAUACACAUUUUUAAAGAAAGACAAGAUUCCCAGAAGGAAAGCGAAGGAAUGUCAUCUGCUCCCAUCCAGGACAGCUCGGACCAGAUCUACGUAGAGGAGCUGUGCUACACCCUCAUCGAUCACAGUGUCCUUCCAAGACGGCCAUCUGGGAACUCUUCUGAGGGCUACUAUGAGAAUGUUUCCUGCAAGGCCGAGAGUCCCGGAGAGUCCUCCAGAGGAACUGAGACCGAGUAUUCACUUCUCCAUAUGCCGUCCACCCCGAGGCACCCACCCUCCCCGGACGAUGUGUACGAACUCCUCAUGCCGCCCAGCGUCUCCUCUCACUUUCUGCAACAGCCGCAUCUGCCUGGGACCCCUCCCGAGAGUCACUUUUCUCAUUUCUAA